AUGUCGCGUUCAUCUAUAAAAGUGCUGCUCACUUGUCUAGCUAUUGCAUGGGCAUUGGUUUUUGUGCAAGCAACUGAGGAGACGAAAUUGACCAUCUAUCAUCAAAAAGACGGCGAGUAUAUUAAACGGGGAGACAUCGUUGGACUUCCUGGUGUACCCACCUACAUCCCCUCCGAUAACGAAAUUGUUCAUUUUAAUGCUGCAAAAGACCCAUUUUAUCAAAUCAAGGUCAAAGAUGAGCGUACAGGCAACGUCUUUUUAUCAUCAGUCAAAAUGUGUCAAAUGGUAGGAAGCGAAUGGCACGAUGAAAUUACUUUACAUUUGGAUGAAAGCAAUCACUUUUAUUACCUUUCCUAUUACCCAGAAUCCAAUUAUUGUGUGUCCUCGAAGUCUGAUAUCACAACACAACCUUUCAACACAACUGUCAACGUAGUGACUCCUGUCACCGGGCCCAAGCCUUUGCUCGGUAAUUUUAUGUCUAAACAAUCACCACCCAAGACCAAGAAGGCUACAGUUUCCAUUAACGAUGAAAUCCCUGAAAACAAGGAGAUCGAAGAAAAGACAUUUUUCCAAAAGUAUUGGUAUAUGAUUAUCGGUGGCGCUUUCUUGUUGAUGAGCAUGGUUGCUACCGAACCUCCCCCAGCUGGUGCCCCUCCUGCUAGAAGCUAA